GCGGCCGCGCGGAUCAUGUCGGGCCGGCGCUGCGCGGGCGGGGGCGCGGCGUGCGGCGGGGCGGAGGCCGGGGCCGGGGCCGGGGCCGGGGCCGGGGCGGGCGAGCCGUCGGCCCGCGAGCUCUUCGAGGCCUGCCGCAACGGGGACGUGGAGCGCGUCAAGCGGCUGGUGACGCCCGACAAGGUGAACAGCCGCGACACGGCCGGCCGCAAGUCCACCCCGCUGCACUUCGCCGCAGGUUUUGGAAGGAAAGAUGUCGUCGAAUAUUUGCUUCAGAAUGGUGCAAAUGUCCAAGCACGUGAUGAUGGAGGGUUAAUUCCUCUUCAUAAUGCAUGUUCUUUUGGUCAUGCUGAAGUAGUCCAUCUCCUGUUGCGACAUGGUGCAGACCCAAAUGCUCGGGAUAAUUGGAACUAUACACCUCUUCAUGAAGCUGCCAUUAAAGGAAAGAUUGAUGUUUGCAUUGUGCUCUUACAGCAUGGAGCUGAACCAACCAUCCGAAAUACAGAUGGAAAGACAGCAUUAGAUUUAGCAGACUCAUCUGCCAAAGCAGUGCUGACUGGUGAAUAUAAGAAAGAUGAACUCUUAGAAAGUGCAAGGAGUGGCAAUGAAGAAAAAAUGAUGGCUCUGCUUACACCAUUAAAUGUCAACUGCCAUGCAAGUGAUGGCAGAAAGUCAACUCCAUUGCAUUUGGCAGCAGGAUACAACAGAGUAAAGAUUGUACAACUGUUAUUACAGCAUGGAGCUGAUGUCCAUGCUAAAGAUAAAGGUGAUCUGGUGCCAUUACACAAUGCCUGUUCUUAUGGUCAUUAUGAAGUAACUGAACUUCUGGUCAAGCAUGGUGCCUGUGUUAAUGCAAUGGACUUGUGGCAAUUUACUCCUCUUCAUGAGGCAGCUUCUAAGAACAGGGUUGAAGUGUGUUCACUUCUUUUAAGCUAUGGAGCAGAUCCAACACUGCUAAAUUGUCACAAUAAAAGUGCUAUCGACUUGGCUCCCACACCACAAUUAAAAGAACGAUUAGCAUAUGAAUUUAAAGGCCAUUCAUUACUUCAGGCUGCACGGGAAGCUGAUGUUACACGAAUCAAAAAACAUCUCUCUCUGGAAAUGGUGAAUUUCAAGCAUCCUCAGACACAUGAGACAGCAUUGCACUGUGCUGCUGCAUCUCCAUAUCCCAAAAGAAAGCAAAUAUGUGAACUGCUUCUUAGGAAAGGAGCAAACAUCAAUGAAAAAACUAAAGAAUUCUUGACUCCUCUACACGUGGCUUCAGAGAAAGCACAUAAUGAUGUUGUUGAAGUAGUGGUGAAACAUGAAGCAAAGGUGAAUGCUCUGGAUAAUCUUGGUCAGACUUCUCUGCACAGAGCUGCACACUGUGGUCAUCUACAAACCUGCCGCCUACUUCUGAGCUAUGGGUGUGAUCCUAACAUAAUCUCCCUUCAGGGCUUUACUGCUUUACAGAUGGGAAAUGAAAAUGUGCAACAACUUCUUCAAGAGGGUGUCUCAUUGGGUAACUCAGAAGCAGACAAACAGUUGCUAGAAGCUGCGAAGGCUGGCGAUGUAGAAACUGUAAAGAAAUUGUGUACUGUUCAAAGUGUCAACUGCAGAGACAUUGAAGGGCGUCAGUCUACACCACUUCAUUUUGCUGCUGGCUAUAAUAGGGUGUCUGUGGUGGAGUAUCUGCUACAACAUGGAGCUGAUGUGCAUGCUAAAGAUAAAGGAGGCCUUGUUCCACUGCAUAAUGCAUGUUCUUACGGACAUUAUGAAGUUGCAGAACUUCUGGUUAAGCAUGGAGCAGUAGUUAAUGUAGCUGAUUUAUGGAAAUUUACACCUUUACAUGAAGCUGCAGCAAAAGGAAAAUAUGAAAUUUGUAAACUUUUGCUUCAGCAUGGUGCAGACCCUACCAAGAAAAACAGAGAUGGAAAUACUCCUUUGGAUCUUGUUAAAGAUGGAGAUACAGAUAUCCAAGAUCUCCUAAGGGGAGAUGCAGCUUUGUUAGAUGCUGCCAAGAAAGGUUGUUUAGCCAGAGUAAAGAAGUUGUCUUCACCAGAUAAUGUAAAUUGCCGUGAUACCCAAGGCAGACACUCAACACCUUUGCAUUUAGCAGCUGGUUAUAACAAUUUAGAAGUUGCAGAAUAUUUAUUACAACACGGAGCUGAUGUAAAUGCCCAAGACAAAGGAGGACUUAUUCCUUUACAUAAUGCAGCAUCUUAUGGGCAUGUGGAUGUAGCAGCUUUACUAAUAAAGUAUAAUGCAUGUGUCAAUGCCACGGACAAAUGGGCUUUCACACCUUUGCAUGAAGCAGCCCAAAAGGGACGGACACAGCUUUGUGCUUUAUUGUUGGCCCAUGGAGCUGAUCCUACUCUUAAAAAUCAGGAAGGACAAACACCUUUAGAUUUAGUUUCAGCUGAUGAUGUAAGUGCUCUCCUGACAGCAGCCAUGCCACCUUCUGCUCUGCCUUCAUGUUAUAAACCUCAAGUACUCAGUGGUGCACGAACCCCAGGAACAACCACAGAUACUUUGUCUUCAGGUCCAUCUAGUCCCUCAAGUCUUUCUGCAGCCAGCAGCCUUGACAACUUAUCUGGGAGUUUUUCUGAACUGUCUACACUAGUCAGCUCAAGUGGAACAGAGGGUGCAUCUGGUUUUGAGAAAAAAGAAGUUCAAGGAGUAGAUUUUAGCAUAACUCAAUUUGUAAGGAAUCUUGGCCUUGAGCACCUAAUGGAUAUAUUUGAAAGAGAACAGAUAACUCUGGAUGUAUUAGUUGAGAUGGGACACAAGGAACUGAAAGAGAUUGGAAUCAAUGCGUAUGGACAUAGACAUAAACUAAUUAAAGGAGUUGAAAGACUUAUCUCAGGACAGCAAGGUCUUAACCCAUACUUAACUCUGAACACAUCUGGCAGUGGAACGAUUCUCAUAGAUCUGUCUCCUGAUGAUAAAGAGUUUCAAUCUGUAGAGGAAGAGAUGCAAAGUACAGUUCGAGAGCAUAGAGAUGGUGGUCAUGCAGGUGGAAUCUUCAACAGAUAUAAUAUUCUUAAGAUUCAGAAAGUUUGUAACAAGAAACUAUGGGAAAGAUACACUCACAGAAGAAAAGAAGUUUCGGAAGAAAACCACAACCAUGCAAAUGAAAGAAUGCUAUUUCAUGGGUCUCCUUUUGUGAAUGCAAUUAUCCAUAAAGGCUUUGAUGAAAGGCAUGCCUAUAUAGGUGGCAUGUUCGGAGCUGGGAUUUAUUUUGCUGAAAACUCUUCCAAAAGCAAUCAGUAUGUUUAUGGAAUUGGAGGAGGCACUGGGUGUCCUAUUCACAAGGACAGGUCUUGUUACAUUUGCCACAGACAGCUGCUCUUUUGCCGGGUAACCUUAGGAAAGUCUUUCCUGCAGUUCAGUGCAAUGAAGAUGGCACAUUCUCCUCCAGGGCAUCAUUCAGUCACUGGUCGACCCAGUGUCAAUGGCCUAGCUUUAGCUGAAUACGUUAUUUACAGAGGAGAACAGGCUUAUCCUGAAUAUUUAAUUACUUACCAGAUUGUAAGGCCUGAAGGUAUGGUCGAUGGAUGAAUACCUGUUUCAAGAAACUAACUCCACUGAAUUUAAAAUCAUCUAAGCAACUGAUGGCCUCUUGAGUUUUACUCCUUUACUGAGGAAAAAUCAUCUUCUCUAUAUGCCUGUGGCAAAAGGAUUAAAAAAUGUGAAAGAAGUUUAACAUUCAGACUUGAUAAAGCUUUAAUAAUGUACAGUGUUUUCUAAACAUGUCCUGCUUUCAGCACUUUAACAGAUAUGAUGCCAGGUUAACUGGGUCUUGUCUAUACUAAAUUAUAAACUAUUAACUUGAACCUUUUAUACGUUAUGCAUUGAUUCUUCCAGAAACUGAUCCCCUCAACAAUUCAUUUUACUAAUACAGUACUGUGUUUCUUUAAAACACAGCAUUUACACUGAAUACAAUUUCAUUUGUAAAAUUGUAAAUAAGAGCUUUUGUACUAGCCCAAUAUUUAUUUACAUUGCUUUGUAAUAUAAAUCUACUGUUUUAGAACAGCAGCGGUUUACAAAUUGUUUUCAUAUAUAUUACUCAUCUGUACUUCAUCUUGCAUCAUCAUGAUUGUGUGAUUUUUACAUUUUAUUCCAGAGGCUAUGUUGAGUGGGAAAGAUUGUUUAUCAGCCCUAAUUUUUGAUAGAGCAUUAUCUCAUUAGAAUUUUUCCCAUUUAAGGUCUUGUUUUAUUGAACUCUGGGGUUUAAUUAGUGAAUAUCUUUCUGUGUGUGUGAGAGAGAGAGUGUGUGUGUGUGCGUGUAUACACACACAUUCCAAAGACAUAAUACUAUGAUAGUCCUGGUUGCUAAAGAAGCUUCUUUACUGACCUUCAAAGUCUAGGUUUUGCUUUGGAAAUUUUUCUCCUGUCCUUUUGUAAACCUUAGAGCUAUUACUUCUGCCUUUUAAAGAAGCUAAAUCCUGCCACUGAACAAAUAGGUAUUCUUUUCUUGAAAUGUAAAUAGAAAGUUAAAUUUCAGAGUUGGAAAGAGUAAUCUUGAAUAAUUGUCCAGUUCCGAUUACCAUUCAUCUAAAGAGGUGGGGGGAUUAAGCAGCUAGAAGUAGGGAAAUUUUUGUUGAAAGUCCUUUUUCUUUGAACCUACUAUGAAGCAGAGGUGAACUCCACCCAGAACCUUGACCUGGAGGUAUCUGUUCAUUAAGGUGAUGCAGGAGCACCUCUCCUGGCACUGCUUUUAGUGUGUGCAGUGCGUGAUGACCAAGCUUAUGUUCAGUCUGGCAGCUGUGGAAGGGAAAAUAGCCCCAUAAAAAUGCCAUUCAGAACGAUUUCUGAAUGUAAAACUAGCUUGUCAACGAAGUAUGCUGAUGAAAGCAUCUGGGUACAGAGACAUUUUAUCACGUGACAGUCUUACUUGUUAAGGCAACUUUUACCUGCUGUUUGUAAAUGAGGAUGUUCUUUGCCUCACCCAUGUCCCCCCAUACCAUUUCACUUUUGUUUGGUAUUUUAUUCAGUCUCUAGAUUAACUGGUCCUUUGCAAAAGGACUUUGUACAUAGAGAACUAGAAAAAUGAUGAUUCUUAUUUU